UUAAUUUCCACGCAAAUUAGAAAAACAUAAUUGUCACCAAACCUGGCGUUGCACCAUAGCAAAAACAGCUAACCCUUAGUGAGCGUUUUCUGUGCGGCAGGCACUGAGACGACACAUUAACACAUUGCAUCUCAUUACAAACCAUGAGGUCGUGACUAUCAUUGCCCUCUAUUUACAGAGGGGGGAAAUGAGGCACAGAGGCAAAUUCAGUUGUCCAAAAUCAUCCAGUUAGUUAAGAGGCAGAGCUGUGUUCAAGUCCAGGCAGCUGGCUCCGGAGUCUCACUCAAAGCUGUAAACAAAGAACGUUGUCUGACAUUCCAGCUCUCCAAGGAUCUAGCUGCAACCCACAGAAAUUGACCACGGACAGGGCUCCCUGGGGGGUAUUCAGGAUGGAAAAACAGCAUGAAGCAUUCUGUUUUGGAUAUCGAGCCCCUAGACAGUUAAGAUGCAUAUCUAAGGAAGAAUUUCAAUGACCCAGAAAUCUUGCAUCUUCCGGUCCCUAGAAAAACACUAAAAUCAUUAGCUAGAGCUAUCUGGGUUUGUGUGUGUUUGUGUGUGACCUUUUACCAAGAUGUAUGCAUGACUACGUGUAUUUCCCAGCCAAGAAAUUCCUACAUAUCCUGGCUCCUUCCCUACCUCUCCGGAGCAGUUCCCCAGAGCUAUCUGAGGCUGUAGUCCUCAGUAAGACCCAUGAAUAAAAACUGAAACUCACUGCCCUUAUGUUGUGCGGUGCUGAUUUUUUUUUUUCAGUUGACAAAGCCCCUCCAAUAUUUUUCCUUAGACUGAGGGUAACUGCACAGGUGGUAUGACACAGGUAACUGGGAAGGUGGUAAACAGAUCACAGAAUGGUUCCAGGGGGGCUCCAGUCAGGCAGUCUCCCAGGGCCUGUCCAGAGAGGGAGCUCUAUAAUUUGAGGAGAAAAACUCCAGACUGCAAUUUUAUAUCAGAUAACCUUAUUUUUGUAACAGGUAGUAUGUUUUUUUAAUGUUUUUUUGACAAUGAUCCUGACUUUUUUUAAUAUUUAUUUUAUUUUUUUGUUUUGGCCGCAUCGGGUCUUCAUCGUGGGAUGCAGCAUCUUCGUUGCAGCAUGCGGGAUCUUUUUGUGGCGCGCAGCCUCUUCGUUGCAGCAUGUAGGCUUCUCUCUAGUUGUGGCAUGCGGGUUUUCUGUCUCUAGUUGAGGUGUGCGGGCUCAGUAGUUGUAGCGCGUUAGCUUAAUUGCCCCAUGGCAUGUGGGAUCUUAGCUCCCGACCAGGGAUCAAACCCACGUCCCCUGCGUUGGAAGGUGGAUUCUUUACCACUGGACCACCAGGGAAGUCCCCAGAUAGUAUGUUUACAUGGUUCACAAAUCUAAAUUAUAUAAAAAGCUCUAUACUGAGGUGCUGAACAUCCCAGCAGUUUCUGUGUGUCCUUCAAGGGCUGCAUUGUGCAAAUACAAGCAAAGAGAACAUAUUCUUCCUCCUUUUCUCCUGUCUACCUACCUUGAUGUUGUUCACUUAUCAGCUCGGCCUCGAGGCCUGUCGUUAUCCUAUCAGCCAGUGAGCUCUCCUGCAGCCCUCUCCUUGUAACAGGUGUGUGCUGUUCCAAGAGGCAGCCAUCCCUUCCACUAGCCCCUCUUCUGUGGGUGGCAGGGAGGUUGUCUCCCAUGUUUUGCUAUUACCAACAAGGCCGCAAGAAAUAAUAACCUCGUACAUACAUCAUUUUGUCCAGGGCAGGUAAACAUUGGCUUUGGGACAAUCUCACAGUGCGAAGUGGCACCUUGGAGUCAUUGUUAAUUGACAUUUCCCAUGGUGAAUGAAGGCUGAUCUGUGGAGGCAGCAGCCUCCGGCCCAGGGCAGACGUCACCAUGGCCUUCCUGAUACACCUGCUGGUCUGUACCUUCGGGAUGGGCUCCUGGGUGGCCAUCAACGGGCUCUGGGUAGAGCUGCCCCUGCUGGUAACGGAGCUGCCCGAGGGCUGGUACCUGCCCUCCUACCUCACAGUUAUCAUCCAGCUGGCCAACAUCGGCCCCCUGCUGGUCACCCUACUCCAUCACUUCCAACCCGGCUGCCUUUCCGAGGUGCCUAUUGUCUUCACUGUGCUGGGGGUGGGCACCAUCGCCUGCACCCUCUUCGCCUUCCUCUGGAAUGUCACCUCCUGGGUGCUGGGCAGCCACCACAGCAUCGCCUUUCUGGUCCUCACCUUCUUCCUGGCCCUGGUGGACUGCACCUCCUCCGUCACCUUCCUGCCCUUCAUGAGCAGGCUGCCCACCCACUACCUUACCACCUUCUUUGUGGGUGAAGGACUCAGUGGCCUCCUGCCUGCCCUGGUGGCUCUUGCCCAGGGCUCGGGUCUCACCACCUGUGUCAACAUCACUGAGACAUCAGACACCACCCCGAUCCCCGAGACCACCAGGAGCAUGGACAGCCCACAGGGAGCUAGCAGCACUUUGGUGUCUGAGAUCGCUAGGACAGCACCCUCCGUGGUCCACCUGGAAAGCCACUACCUCCCCGCCACCUUCUCGCCCUUCGUCUUCUUCCUCCUGCUCUCCUUCAUGAUGGCCUGCUGCCUCAUUGCUUUCUUUUUCCUCCAGCGUCUACCCAGGCGCUGGGAAGCUUCCAUAGAAGACCUCCUCACCUCUCAGGUCACCCUCCACUCCAUCCGGCCGCAGGAAGGGAAGGACCUGGGCCCCCCAGGCCCGGAGGACAGCGGCAAGGGCCAGGAGCCUCUGGAGGAGAAGACAGCCCCCCGGCACCUGGCCCACCUGACCUUCAUCUACAUCCUGGUGGCCUUUGUGAACGCGCUCACCAACGGCGUGCUACCCUCCGUGCAGACCUACUCCUGCCUGUCCUAUGGGCCUGUGGCCUACCACCUGUCCGCCACCCUCAGCUCCAUGGCCAACCCUCUCGCCUGCUUCCUCUCCAUGUUGCUGCCUAACAGGUCUCUGCCAUUCCUGGGGGUCCUUACAGUGCUCGGGACCGGCUUUGGGGCCUACAACAUGGCCAUGGCCGUGAUGAGCCCCUGCCCCCUCAUGCAGGGCCACUGGGGUGGAGAAGUCCUCAUCGUGGCUUCGUGGGUGCUGUUCAUUGGCUGUCUGAGCUAUGUCAAGGUGAUGCUGGGCGUGAUCCUGCGUGACCGUAGCCGCAGCGCCCUCUUGUGGUGCGGGGCGGCGGUGCAGCUGGGCUCGCUCCUCGGAGCGCUUAUCAUGUUCCCACUGGUCAACGUGUUGAGGCUCUUCUCAUCCGCUGACUUCUGCAGCCUGCAGUGCUCCACCUAGGCCAACUGAAGUGGAGUGGUCCAUCACAAGGCCCCGCCCCCAUGACUAACACCGGAAACUGGGACCCCUCGAGGCAAGGCGUGUGCCCAAGGUCGCAGAGCCAGUGGUAGGGAGCUAGGAGGCAGAGCUCUUUAACUGAUUUGCAGCACCCUGCUGGAGGAUGUUAGAAGCGGAACAGCUGGGAGGUUGAGCUGCCCAUUAUAAGCUAUGUGACCUUGGGGAAGUCACUUGAUUGCUCUAUCCCUCUGUUUCUUCAUCCAUAAAAUGGGGAUUAUAAGAAAUAACACCUACUUCAUAGGUUUGGCACAGGGAUAAAAUGCAGAAGCACCCAGCACAUCCUGAUCUGACGCCCAACAGUACUAACAGGAGUGACAAUCUACAGAGCCUAGAAGUGGCCAGAGGCGUUGAGAGAUGACCCCUUCCCCAUAUCCUUUUUUCCCCAUCGUCUCAGAGAAGCUUCUAGAAGACAGAUGGCUAACGGUGGAAUCUCAGGCACCUUGGCUUCCCAAUUCCCACUAUGGAGGAACAUUGCACCCCUUCCUGUCACCCCUGCUGACCCAGGAAGGCCCACUCCUUGGAGAUUAAGUGACCUCCUAAGAGGCAGAGAGAGGAUUGGGGCGGAGGGGCCACAGCAAGACUCUGAACGUGAGUCCCCCCCACCCCAUUCACCGGCCGACACUGAACUGGGAGGCAGUCCUCUGAACUGGGGGGAGGAGGAGAGUGGGGAAGAGUAUGUUAGCUACCUGAUAGUUUUUUGGUUUUACUUUUUGUUUUUCUUUUUUCAAAUAAAGACAUUCCCUGCUUUUACACUAAGGUCAGCCUUCCAAGAAAAAGUCCAGCAUGAACACCAAAAAAAAAGUUUCAAUAUAAUCAGCUUUCAGUUGGUUCUAAGGUCAAGGCUGAGCUCAGAAAUAAACAGAAUCAAGGGCUUAGAGAAUGUCUGGUCCUGGGACUUCUUUGCUUU